UUUAAACAAAUCAGCGAAAUAAAACCAAAUAUAUUUUCGAUUCAGAUGGAUAUUUCUUCCUUGCGCUUUCUUCUUCCCAAGCGAACUGAACAGAGGGCAAAACCUUUCAGCCUCUGACGACGGAUUCUCGGAUCUCUGCAAGGAGCAGAAUUUAGGAAAGAAACGGGGAGAAAAGAUUGCUCGGAAGCAGCAGGAAAACUCGAUUCAGGCAAGCGGUUAUUUUAUCUCAUCCCUGUCCCUGAUUCAUCUAUCUCUCGCUUCGAGAUUGAUUCGUGAGGCAAGCGCAAUCACUUGACAAGGUGGUUUUGGCGUCUGAAUCUUGCUGUUCGAGUUCAAAAGGCUGGAUCUUGACGACAAACAGCUUCUAUUGAGAUCUUGAGAUAGAUGGGCAAGUGUUUUAGCAAAAACACCGGCAGGCCGCACGGCGAUGGCAGUGGAAGAACCAAUGGCCGCUCACGGCAAAAGCCAACACCACCGUCCUAUCAACCUCAGCAGCGGCAAGAACCGAAGCAGACUGCCAUGGCAGCACCUCCACAGACCCAAUACAGCAGCCAUUCACAGCAGCAGCAACAAUCACAUCCCCGGCCGCAAACGGUGACCCAACACACUCCCUCGCCCAUCCUGAAACCCCCUUUGACCGUCCAUGACACCAUCCUUGGAAUGCCAUUUGAGGAUGUCAGGUCCUUGUACACGCUGGGGAAGGAGCUCGGCCGUGGCCAGUUCGGAGUGACAUACCUCUGCACCGAGAAAGCCACCGGCGUCCGGUACGCCUGCAAGUCCAUCUCCAAAAGGAAGCUAUCCAACAAGGGUGACCGGGAGGACAUCAAGAGGGAGAUAGAGAUUAUGCAGCACCUCACUGGGCAGCCAAACAUAGUGGAGUUCAAAGGAGCAUAUGAGGAUAGAGAUUCUGUGCACCUUGUCAUGGAGCUGUGCUCAGGAGGGGAGCUAUUUGACAGGAUCAUAGCCAAGGGGCAAUAUUCUGAGAGGGCUGCUGCAACUCUCUGUAGGGCAAUUGUCAAUGUGGUGAACAUUUGCCAUUUCAUGGGGGUGAUGCAUAGGGACCUUAAACCAGAGAACUUCUUGCUGGCUACCAAGGAUGAAAAUGCGAUGCUAAAGGCUACUGAUUUUGGGCUCUCCGUUUACAUUGAGGAAGGGAAACAAUUGAGGGACAUAGUGGGUAGUGCAUAUUAUGUUGCUCCUGAAGUUCUAAGGCGUAGUUACGGCAAAGAGGCAGAUAUUUGGAGCGCUGGAGUUAUACUGUACAUCCUUCUGAGUGGUGUGCCACCAUUCUGGGCUGAAACAGAUAAAGCAAUAUUUACUACCAUCCUACAAGGGCAUAUCGACUUCCAAAGUGAACCUUGGCCUUCAAUAUCAUACAGCGCUAAAGACCUUGUGAGGAGAAUGCUGACACAGGACCCUAAGAAAAGAAUUACCGCAGCAGAAAUCCUUGAACAUCCAUGGCUCAGAGAUGGAGAGGCAUCAAAUAAACCCAUUGACAGUGCAGUUCUCACAAGGAUGAAACAAUUCAGAGCAAUGAACAAGCUCAAGAAGUUGGCGUUAAAGGUCAUAGCUGAAAAUCUUUCUGAAGAAGAGAUCAAAGGGCUGAAACAGAUGUUCACUAAUAUGGAUACUGAUAACAGUGGCACUAUAACAUAUGAAGAACUGAAAAGCGGGUUAGCUCGGCUUGGUUCUAAGCUAUCUGAAGCUGAAGUAAAGCAGCUAAUGGAUGCCGCUGAUGUGGAUGGAAAUGGUUCUAUUGAUUACAUUGAGUUCAUAACCGCCACAAUGCACAGACACAAACUAGAAAGAGAUGAACAUUUAUACAGAGCUUUUCAGUAUUUCGAUAAGGACAGCAGUGGGUUUAUCACUAGAGAUGAGUUGGAAUCAGCCAUGCAGGAGCAUGGAAUGGGCGAUCUUGCAACCAUCAAGGAAAUUAUAAUGGAAGUCGACACUGACAAUGAUGGAAGAAUCAAUUACGAAGAGUUCUGUGCCAUGAUGAGAAGUGGAAUUCAGCAGCCAGGAAAGCUCUUUUAGGUCUUCACGACAAAUAUUAAGUUGCCGAUAUGACAUCGACCAUGAUCUCUAGUUCAGAGAUCAAGCCUCGCAUUAUUAAGGAACACAUGAGUUCAUACAUUGUCGUUGAUGAUAAAAUCACAUCCAUGUCAGUCAUCUACAUCAGUGUUUUUGCUAGAAGAGAUUUACAAAGGUAGAGAGUUAAAUUAUUGUAUGCUUAAAUAAUUGCCAAGACAUACCAUGCUUGUGAUCUGUGUAUUAUUAAGCUUGUAAAAUGUUUUAAAUUAUAUGAAACUUUAGUUUCACUUUUAUAGA